UACUGACGUACAACAUGGACGUGUGCAGCUCUGUGUGUUGACCUCGGAAUUAUUAAAACUUGGAUUAAAAGGACUAUAAAUGUCUAUUUGACGACAAGAUGUUCCAUUUUGUGUUAAGAAGAGGGGCCUUAAUUUCCCACAAGCUCUCUCCUUCAGUCACCUCCUCUCCGAGAUGCUGGACCUCCUUCCUUUCUCCACUCUCUCAUCAUGCUACAGCUUCCUGUUUCUCCUCCAAUCACAGAUCAACGGGACGCCUAAGACCCGCCUCUUACCAUCCAACUUAUCCUGUAUACUCCCACCCCAUCCACUCCUCCGCUGUGCGCCUCAAAAAACGUCCCCAACCGGAACCUCCUCCUCGGGAACUAGACCUGCUUCGUUACGACAUGAGAGACUUGCCCAAAAGCCCCAAACCUGCUUUAUAUUUAGGUUUCUCUGGGCUCCUGCCUUUUGUCUGCCCGACACUUUUCAUGGCAGUAACUGAAAACUUCAUACCAGAAAUCGCAUACGCCCAGGUCGCUUAUGGGGCCUCGAUAUUGUCAUUUCUAGGUGGGGCUCGUUGGGGUUUCACGCUUCCUCCCAGCAGCCCGGCUAAACCUGAUUGGAUAAACUUAGCCAAUAGCGUCGUGCCGUCUCUUUUAGCGUGGGUUGCCAUGUUGAUGAGCGAAAAUAUUGUGCCAGCGACUACUAUGGUGAUUAUGGGUUUGGGUAUAGCGCUUCAUUAUGACUUGGCGCUGCUGCCCACUUAUCCCAGCUGGUUCAAAGCACUGCGGUCCGUUCUGACUGUAGUGGCGUCCUUAUCGCUCCUGGGGAUGUUAGUGGUGUACAGGGUGUUCCCUGAGAAAAAACUGUUCGCUAAAGAUGAAGAUAUUUAAAUUAAACUGUGGUAAACUUGCUUGUGUGGUUUGGUACUUUGCGUUAGGGUUCUGGAAAGUAUCGGAAAUCAAUUGAUACUGAAACUAGUAUCGAAACUGGAGUACUAUGGAACCGACCUGGACGACUGAGGGAUUACACAGAUAU